AUGUUAGACACUCUCGCCUGUCCUGCCACGUAUCGAUGCCUCGCGAUUGUCGAAAUCCUGCGAAGAAUCGUUGGCUUUACGACGGAAGAUACUCUCCAUACUGUUGCCGUUCUGUCGCGCACAAGUCGGCUCUUUCAUGACGUGGCACAAGAGGCGGUCUGGGAAGACCAAGCGACGCUUCUGAAUCUGUUUCACUGUCUCCCGGGAGAUGUCUGGGACGAUACUCGAGAGCUAUGUUCUUUCUUACGACCACCUAACCCUUCCGAGUGGAAACGCGUGAUGGCCAAUGCCGCGCUUGUGAAAUCGCUUAAGCUAGAGAGCAACGAUUGCGGACUCUUGGGCCCGGAUUGGGGAAUUAUUGCCCUCCACUGUCCGGAAAAAGUUCUAUUUCCGAACCUGAAGGAGCUCGAGUGGGAAGACAACGACGACUGCGAGGCGCUCUCGCACGCACACCUGCUUCUCGGACCAAAGCUACGGAACCUUGCACUCAAGCUGGGCGCCGAUGCCCACGUGAGCACUGCUCUUGAAAGGCUCACGUCGCUCCUCGACACCGUCGCAUGCCAGCGCCCCCCAUUACGCGAGUUAUACGUGCCCAUCGAAACCGGGAGCGUAGCUCUUUGCAAGGCGCUGGGAAAGGUCAUCCAGUCCGUAGAACUGGAGACAUUCGAGAGUACCGUGCCUCUCACCCAGGAACAGAUCAUCGCGGUGGCAAAGUCGCGUUCUCUUGAGAUAGUAGACCUCCACUGCACAUCAUCUUUGGACAUCAACGACGAGGUCUUCAAUGAAGAGGGCGUGUUUCCUGCCAUCGCGGCUCUCUACAUGAGCGUUAAAAGCUUGGAAUUGCACUCCGUACGCCGCCUUUUCCUGGACGCCAGCUCGCCGGACUUGGGAACUAUACAUCUCAAGUGCACUAAGGAUCCUCGUGAAGAGACUCUGGUAGAGUUUCUCGAGGGGCUGGCGAAACGACCGAGCGCGUUUCACAUGCGGUCAUUAGAACUCGUGUUUGCGAAGGACGCCUAUCGUAACUCCCCUCCGCCCGCAGAACAACCAGAACACGUGCUUGGUCCUAGAGUUCUGGCGGCAGCAUUCGCCCUCAAGUCCCUUACUCAGCUGCGUAUCAAGUCCCGGAACCUGGACAUCGAUGACGAGACAGUUCACCAGAUUGUCCUCAACCUCCCUCAGCUGCAAUCGCUCCUUCUCCUUCCGACUUGGUACUCGGGAAGGCCGUCGAAAUUCACCUUCAGAGCGAUCGCGCUGGCGGCGUCCGGUCUGCCCUGUCUGAAGGAGCUCGGCCUGCCCCUGAACAUCGAGGGAGCGCACUUCCCUGUGCCGUACCCUAAUCAGUGGUACAACCAGUCGUGCACGAAACUUUACGUCGCGGAUUCCCCGCUGACCGACGAGCGCAUCGAGGACGUCGCCGUCUUCCUGUCUAUGUGGUUCUGGUACCCGGAGCUGCAGAUCAUCGCGUGCGAGACGGGCGUGCCCGGCGACAGGUUGCGUACCCGGGAGAGGGGCAAGCACAAAGCGGCGUGGGAGAAGUGCCAGAAGCUCCUCCGUCCGCUGAGCCGCGCUCGCUACCAGGAGCGAUUCCGAUACGGGCUCCCCGAUGCGCCUUGGACAGUGUCGUACUCUGUCCCGCUGCUCUGGCGGGCAGAAAACGACAAGUCCCGACAUCUGCCUCUCAUACCGCAGUACUCGCCUACCCCUCUAUGA